GGGGGGGGUACGUUAUCCUAGUCUUUGCCUUCCUUUUUCUUUUCUUUUCUUUUCGUUUCUUCAAAUUGUACCUUCCAUAUAAGCAGUGCCUCCUGCGUCUUGAGCAAGUUGGCAAACACCUCAUACACUCCGUACGUACAGCGCCCGAGGCAGGUACCACUGUCAUAGGCUGCAUAGAGCAUCAUCGUUGCCUAGGCUUAAUCUUAUCCGUUCACGGCCAUAUUACUUCGAAUCCAGCAAGUGCAUAACUUUGUACCAGAAAACUUCAGGUCUGUUGACUGGUACAGGAUUGUUGUAGGUGAAGACAAUUUUUGGGACUCGUCCCAGACUAAGCUGUCUACGACGACAUAUGCUGAUUAUCGAAAGAAACGGCAACAAUGUUAGCUUUCCUAUAUUUCGUGGCUACUUAUAGCGCUGGUGUGCUGGGCUUGCAGACAAGCCGACUGUCCUUUCGAAUUCUUUUGGCCACCCUGCAAGUCCUCUUGGGAUACAAAAUCUUUGUCACAUUUGCACAGAUCUAUACUUUGCCACAAAUGUUGGCUUUUGGGCCACUUUGCAUUAUAGGAACGGCGCAUUCCAUCACCCUCCUGCUCGUUGAACGAUGGGAGCUCCCGACAAUAAAGACUGGCAAGCAACGUUUCGAUAUCCCUGGUGGAAUCAGAAUGCUAGCCAAUGGACGAUACAUUGGGACGCCUAGAGCGGUAGGCGGACUCAAGCAGUGGCCAUCAGAUGGGAGCGGCUGGGUCCAAAGGUGGCUUCCUACAGGUCUGAGAAACAAUCCGAAGUGGGCUUUUGUUAUAGAGCGAGCCGUCACGGUUUUGGUCAUAGUAACAGUUCAGAAGUGGCUACCAGAGUUGCCGAUCGAUCGACGGGACCUUCAUCCAAAGAAGAGUAAUUUGAUACGGCGACUUGGCGACGUGAGCUGGCGCGAGGUUAUGCUCCGAAGUAUCUUGGUCCCAGACUUCAUCGCCCAAACUUGGCUUUUUGUCAAUUGCACAUAUCAGACCUUGGCUGCAGUGACGGUAGCACUGGAGAUAUACAGGCCGGAAGAUUGGCCUCGAUUGUUUGGCGACAUAAGCGAUGCUUAUACGAUUCGACGAUUCUGGUCGAAGUUUUGGCAUCGCUUGGUGUACCGACCAUAUGGUGGACUUGCUCGUAUGCUUGCGGAAAAAGCACUGGGCCUUAAGAAAAGUAGUCAAAUUUACUGGCCGGUCGAAUCUUUCCUCAUCUUCACGAUCUCAGGGUUUGCCCACGUGGUUGUAACGAUAGCAUUGCAGUAUCGAUGUGGUUUGUUCUCAGAUCUUUACUUCUUCUGGCUGCAGUUCCUGGGUAUUGCAUUUGAGGAGACGAUUAGGCGCCUAGCAGGAAACAGGAUACCGAAAAACCGUUGGCUUGGCUACGUAUGGGUAUACGUCUUCUUUUUCUGGUGUCUACCUAAGAACUACUUCCCGCUUUGGAAGUGGAAUUGCGUACCUCUCGGCGUUUGAGAGGGAUGGUCGUGGUAUGAGCGAGCGCAUCUAGUAGGCUCAUUGAGAAGGGUUUCCUCAAGCGACGUGAGGUCCAUGUUGCGCAGAACUUGUGUUAGUGAAGGACGCAGGCUGGGAAUUGGGGAUUGUGAGCCAUAGGUUUGGUCCAGAACCAAGUGGUGGGGGGGUGGAUACUGGGAUAUGUUGAUCCCAUAGAAAACUGGUCUCGAAGUACGGGUACAGUAGGUGCUAGCAAUAGUGCACCACGACUUGAAUAUAGGUUAAUUGACUUGUGUAGGUAUCCUUUGA